AUGCCGAUAACUGCUGGUGUAGGGGGAAAUCUGGUGGCCAUCCAAGCAAGCAGGAUGUCUACAUACCUGCACUUCUGGAGCGUUCCUGGAGUUCUUCCAUGUAAGAUGGCUGUGAGCUGUCCUGGACCUGCUGCUACAUUCUGCUCCACAGAUACGAACUCUAAAUCAGCACAGGUCUUGGUCAUCCUUGUGGUCCCAGGUCACCUCUUCUUCCUGUACACCAUCCACGUCCUGCAGGGCGGCCACAUGGCUAUGACGCCAAUGUUCAUCAUCUGCUACCUGUCUGCAGCUCUACUUCAGGUGAUGAUUCUGCUGUACGUGGCGAGCAUCAUGAUUUGGUGGCUGUGGCAGAGGGGACUCGACCCAGACAACUUCUCCAUCCCCUAUCUCACAGCUCUGGGUGACCUGUUGGGAACUGGCUUCCUGGCUCUGAGCUUCAGACUGAUUCUGAUGGCCAGUCCCACCAGAGCUGGACUUUGACCAGAACAUGGACAGGUCUACCCUAACAUGUGCUGACUGAACAUACAGAAUACACUGUUACACACAUGGAAGGAUGAAGUGCAUUAAAGGAGGAGUGAAGAAAGAAGCUGAGGAGACAUCUACAGAAUUGAGACAGGAAAGACACCCAGAGAAUACAUUCCUGUGGUUCCUCCACCAGCUGACUGAAGAGAGUAGUCAGAAUUUUAUUUUUAUUCUCAGUAGAUCUUUAUGACAUCAUAAGGCACAACAG